GCGAGCUUAUCAGGAGGCGUCGAAUGCGAGCGUCGUUUAUUCUUAGUUGGAUUUCGCUCUUGAGCGCACAGUUUUGCGGUAAUAUUAUAUUAUGGUGAUCCGUGGAAGCAUGUGAAGCUGUCAUAUUCCAGGAAUGGAUCUCCAAAAGGUGCCCAAAAACUACAGGUUUCGCAUUAAACUGCAGACUCUAUCUUCAUAAGCCUUUUCCCGGUGAAUAAACACUAUAGAACACUGCCAAAAUGGACACGAAAUGGACGUUUAUGCCCAAUUCCAACAUGUCCCUCCCUGACCGCCUGCUCAAUGAUAGUUUCUUCCCCGGGAACGAGUCUGACUUUGGCCUGGAGAUUUACCCUCACAAUAGCACCCACCCUGGCUUCGACCAAACCAGCUCGGCAGUCAUCACGUUUGUGUACUUCGUCGUCUGCGCGGUGGGGCUCUGUGGGAACGCCCUGGUCAUUUACGUCAUCCUGCGCUACGCCAAGAUGAAGACCGUCACGAACAUCUACAUUCUGAACCUGGCCGUGGCGGAUGUCCUGUGCAUGUUGAGCUUGCCUUUCAUCGCCAUUCAGCUCUCGCUGCUCCACUGGCCCUUUGGAUCGGCGAUAUGCCGCGUCGUCCUAACCGUGGACUCCAUGAACCAGUUCACCAGCAUCUUCUUUCUGACGGUCAUGAGCUUCGAUCGAUACUUGGCCGUGGUGCAUCCGAUCAAAUCCACCAAAUGGCGAAAGCCGCGCAUGGCCAAAACCAUCAGCCUGGCCAUGUGGGGCGUUUCUCUGCUGGUUAACCUGCCAAUUAUGAUCUACAGCGGUGUGAACACUAAAAGGAACGAGGCCCGGACUUGUACCAUGUUGUGGCCGGAGCCACAGAACACCUACUACACCGCUUUCAUCUUCUACACCUUCUUCUUGGGGUUUUUCUUACCACUGAUAGUCAUCUCCUUGUGCUACCUGCUGAUAGUCAUAAAGGUGAAAUCCUCCGGCAUGCGAGUCGGCUCCACCAAACGAAAGCGCUCUGAGCGGAAAGUCACCCGUAUGGUGUCUAUCGUAGUAGCUGUGUUCAUCUUAUGCUGGUUACCUUUCUACGUAUUCAACGUGACCUCUGUGACCGGAACCGUUCCCACCACAACUGUGCUGAAGAGCACCUUUGACUUCGUGGUGGUGCUGGGUUACGCCAACAGCUGCGCCAACCCCAUCCUCUACGCCUUCUUGUCGGACAACUUCAAGAAGAGCUUCCAAAACGUCCUGUGUCUUAAAAGAGUCGGCGGCUUGGAUGAGAUCGAGCGCAGCGACAGUCGACAGGACAGGACUCGAAUGGUCAACGACGUCAUGACGGAAACGCAUAAUGCCGCGCUGCUCAACGGAGACCUUCAAACCAGCAUCUGAGGAGAUAAAAGUCUGCUGAGAUUAGAUGUUACAUGAAAGUGGUCCACUGAGAGUCUCAGAUUACAUGCGCUGGGAGAGAUGUAGUAUUUAAGAACAACAAU